ACCUUUUUGAAUAUUUUUUUUCCCCGCCAAUUGUAUACUAGUAUAAGUAGAGCCCUAUAAAAAUCUCGACAGUGCCUUAGUAUAAGGUCUAUAUAGUUAAUGUUUAAGUAAGUUUAUCGUUUUCAAAAGAAAUCAAGAAAGUUCUAUAAAUAUCGUUUAAGAUUAUAUUACGUACGUAACAAAGUGGAUACAUCCACCUUGCUGACAAGAUGCCCCGUAACCGUGUGAAAGCUACAAAUAGAGGUACUACAUCAGAGAGCACAAUGCAAAAAGCAGCAUUACUAUGUUUGGAUGAGCAUAUGUCUGAACGAUCUGUAGCUAAGCAAUUUAAUAUUUGUCAUGUGAGUUUAAACAGGUACAUAAAAAAAUAUAAACUCCACAGGGAAACAGGUGGUUGUUUACCAGCAAUAGGUUACCGAUCGCAUAAUAAAAUAUUUAAUGACUUUCAAGAAAAACAAUUUGCAGAAUACGUACAAAUUUCUGCUGAUAUGUAUUUUGGUUUAAAUUUGAAAAAUAUUCGAAAACUUGCUUAUGAAUUUGCAGUCAAACUUGAUUUAACAGUAACAAAAAGUUGGAAACAUAAUAAUGAAGCAGGUCCUGAUUGGAUUACAGACUUUUUAAAAAGAAAUCCAUCAGUAUCCAUUUGUCUCCCAAAAACAAACAAUAUAUCAAGGGCAAUACAUUUCAACCCGGCAAAUGUGAAACAUUUUAUGGAUAAAUAUGAAUCAAUUUUAUUAAAGUACAAAUUGCAAGCACAUGAUAUUUACAAUUUAGAUGAAAUAAGGGUUACAUUUGUCCAAAAUACUAAAAAAAUAGUUGCAUCACAAGGUAAUAAACAUGUUAAAGUGCAUAGUAAAGAUAACACAAUUACCAUGUGUUUAGCUAUAAAUGCUACAGGUAAUUUUAUUCCUCCCAUGUAUAUAUUUUCUAAAGCUGCUAAUAAUUUUAACUUUAUACAAGGAGUUGAAUUUUUGAAGGUUUUGAAACAAUUUGCCAUGUAUGUCAAACCUUCAGUUGAUAAAAAAGUUCUUAUUUUACUAGACAGCCAUGAAUCUCAUUUAUAUUUACCAGUGAUUGAUUUUUGCAAGGAAUCUGGAAUUUUACUAUUAUCAUUUCCACCUCACUAUUCUCAUAAAUUCCAGCCAUUGAACAGGUCUAUAUAUAAACCAUUUAAUCAAUUUUUGAAUCAAUAUAUGUCAGACUGGCUAGAAAAUAACCCUGGAAAAAAAUUAGAAUCACACAUUGUGCCUUCAGUGUCAACUAGUGCAUUCAUUAAUGCUGCUAUACCUAGAAAUAUUAUUGACGGAUUUUUUAUGUCAGGAAUUUGGCCUUUAAACCGAGAAGCAUUUGCUAAGGAUAUAGUUACACCAGCAGUUACAGAAGAUAUCAACAAUAUGGUAAUAGAUAAUGUUGAUGAAGAAUCAAUAAAUUAUGUAACUAAAGAGACAAGAAAUAGAAUCAUUAAAGAACCAAUAAAUUAUGUAACUAAAGAGACAAAGUAUUAUAUUAGCGAAGAACCAAUAAAUUAUGUAACUAAAGAGACAAAAAAUAGAAUCAUUGAAGAACCAAUAAAUUAUAUAACUACAGAAUCAAAAAAUAACAACAUUGAAGAACCAAUAAAUUAUGUAACUAAUGAGACAAAAAAUAGUAUCAUUGAAGAACCAAUAAAUUAUGUAAUUAAUGAGAUAAAAAAUAAUAUUAUUAAAGAACCAAAGAAUCAUAUUUUUAUUACUCCUCAUAUUUUAAGACCAAAAAAAAAUUCAACUCAUCCAUCUACUCCCAUUAAUGACCUACAACCAUCAACUUCAAUUAUAUCACCAGAAUAUAUCAAACCAUAUCUAAAACCAGUAUUACAAGAUAAAAAAAAAUAAAGAGAAGACUACAAUAUUUACUUAUACACCAGAAAAAUUAGAAAUCGAAAAUGUAACAAAAAAUAAUGCUAAAAGAAGUAUAGUUUUUAAAACUAAGAAGAGUAAAAAACUUAAAAGUUAAGAAACCAGAUAAAAUAAAAAACAAGAAUAAGUGAUAUAUAUUCAAUUGCUAUAUAAAUACUAGAAACAAGUCUUUUAAAACCAAACAAAUGACAA